AUGGAUCACUUGGAUGUAUUAGAACCCAAGUUUCUAGUCGACAGUCUAGCCAAUGAGUCUUUCCGAGCAGGUGGCUCUGGAUCGAUGUCUAUAUCUAUCUAUGACACGGCAUGGGUAUCUAUGGUAUCGAAGAAUGUUGAUGGGGUUAGACAUUGGCUCUUUCCAGAAGCCUUCCAGCACAUAGUCGAUGCCCAGGCUAAAGAUGGCUCCUGGGAAUCUUAUUCGUCGCAGGUGGAUGGAAUUUUGAACACCAUGGCGGUUCUGUUGGCUCUUUUAUCUCAUCAAAGUGCUAACAAUUUCUCCUACUCCGUUUUACCGCCUGAUAUUGAUGCACGAAUACUCAAAGCACAAGAUAGUCUGAGACACCAAUUGCAGACGUGGGAUGUCAGAUCUCGUGUUCAUGUUGGAUUUGAAACUCUUGUCCCUGCGCUUUUAGGAAUGCUAGAGCAACACAACGUCGUCUGUGAAUUUCCUGAGAAGCUCUCGAGAUUCCAGCCAGAAAUAUUCUAUAAGAAUAUACAAGUGACUGCCCUAAAUUCCUUGGAAGCGUUCACUGGCACAGUAGAUUUCAAUCGAAUCAAGCACCACUUGAAGAAUGGAAGUAUUAUGGCCUUUCCAUCUUCAACAGCGGCAUAUCUAAUGAAUACUUCAACCUGGGAUAACGAAUCAAAAAUUUAUCUUAGAAACACCAUCAUUGAAGCUGCUGGAAAAGGUAACGGAAGCGUCCCUUGUGCGUUCCUGACGACAUUUUUCGAGUUCACAUGGGUUGUCUCUACGCUUCUGAAAGCAGGUUACACCCCAGAGGAAUUAGGAGAGUAUAAUCUUGACAUAUUGAUGGAUCAUCUCCCGCAAGAAUUAAGCCACAGGCACGCAGUCAUCGGUUUUGCUCCUUCAUUAUUUGCUGAUGCUGAUGACACUGCAAAAUGUAUUCUCACGCUGUGCCUGACAUACGCGCUUGAGAGAAAUGAAAGCAUCAGUGGAAAUUAUAAUGUAAUUAAUGCUUUGUUGCAUAUUAAUGAGCCCAGCACAUACAUCGAGCAGAUCCUCAGAACAACCGAAAUUUUAUGCAAUUCGUGGUCGGCUGGAAAGAUCGAUGACAAAUGGUAUUCGAUGAAGCUUUUAGCUCAAGCAUUCAGAAAUCUUGUGAUGGUUUGGGACAGUGGAGCACUACCAGACUUUCCAGGAGAACAAUUGAAAGACAGGAUUCCCCAAUGGUUCCUGGGUACUUCGGGCUCGUGCGAGGUAACUGCUUAUGGUAUCCUAACUUUGAUCGAUGCGACUUUCUUUCCCUGGGCCGGAGAGCUUGACAAGCAAAUGCUUAGAGCCAUUCGUACAGGUCAAAGCUGUUUGAAUCAGCACCGAGAUAGUUGGGAUAAGGUUACUUAUACCUGGGUUGGAAAAAACCCAUUGUCGAAUACCUUCCAUAUUCCCUUCGAUAGAAAUGCGAAGUUCGCCAAAUUUUUCUCUGCGAUCCCUCUCUUCACGAGUGAGAGCUCAUGGAAGCUUACUGCCUCUAUCAUGGAAGGAUAUCUCUUUCUUCCACGACUACGUCGGAUUCGCUUGAAUAUCUUUCCCCGCCACAAUAUGGCAGAGGAUAAAUAUCUAGAGUAUAUUCCUUUCACGUGGACUGGUUGUAAUAAUAAAGGGAUAUUCCUUGAGACCGACCUAAUUUGGGAUAUGAUGGCAGACGAAUUCAUGGAAGCUGUGCUUGGACACAACGGCUCUGCGAAGCAUUUAAUCCGAAGCCUGUUUUCCAAGACAACUCUUCGAAAUGAUCCUCUAUCGAGUCAGGAGAGUUCUUCGAUGGAUCGUGGCGUCAUAACACCAGUGAAUUCCGAUGAUGGUUUACCAGAUGACUCCACAAAUGAUGACAGAGAUACUCUCAUCCGCUUCAAAGACCACGUUCUAAACCAUCCCUCCAUCCAGAAAGCUUCAAGAUCAUCUUUAGCUCAUCUGAGCAAACAAUUAAAAGCCUUCCUACUCGCCUAUCUUAUUUAUUCAACCGACAAUUCUCGUUUCGCACAACUUUCAGGGCACGAUGCUGAUACCCCGUCACAUUCCCAGCAUCAAGAACCUAUUGGGAUUGGGUACGCAAUAUUUCCGCCGUCCACACAUCAUGUCCCUAUUCAUGGGACUGGAUAUCGUGUCGAGUGA